GGUUGAUAAAAGCCAUGAACGAGGAAGCUUCAUAUUUACAAGCCGCGUCUUUCAGUUUAGCUGAACAAAACAUUACAAAAAUAUGGCCCCCGCGGACGAGGACAGCAACGAGGCCCCCUACGUGGUGGAGAAGGUGAUGGACCGUCGGAUCACGGCCGCCGGUAAGAUCGAGUACUACCUCAAGUGGAAGGGCUACUCGGAGACGGACAACACCUGGGAACCGGAGGAGAACCUGGAAUGCCCGGAGUUGAUCGCCAAGUACGAGGAAGCGCGCCGCCAGAAGGAGUUCAAGGAAGCGAAGAAAAAGUCGGCCAAGAAGAAACUGGAGGAGAUUGCCAAACCGCGAGGAUACGAGCGGGGUCUGCAGCUGAAGGCCAUUGUGGGCGCGACCGAUUGCGGCGGGGAGCUGAUGUUCCUGCUGCAGUGGUUCGGCUGCGACGAAAUGGACAUUCUACCGGCUGCGGUGGUCAACGAGAAAGAUCCCGGAGUGGUGAUCGAGUAUUACGAGGCCAAGAGCAAGGUGGUGGAGAAGGCGCGGGAACGAAGCAAGUUUGCCGCCUACGAAGAGGUCGGUGGCGGGAGUGUGGAACCGGCCCCCAGCAUGCCGACGGAAUCGCUGGAGGAAAUGAUGCAAGCUUAGAUGUAGGAAGAACUAUUUUAGAUUUAAUAAACGACUACUUUGAUUAAGAAGGAAACAAGUA